AUGUUUCUAUUACUUGGUUCAGGACCUCAAGUGUUUGGUCUUCUCGCUGAUCGCUCUUCACUUCAAAAUCAAACCCAUUUAGACAUCGAGUCACUGAAGACGAUGGAUGCCUCAGAUGAUGGCUAUUCUGCACAUCAGACUCUUAUUCUUCAUGAAUGUCCAGAAGAGGACAUAAGUGGUGAGCCCUCCGAACAGACCGUUGGUCAGUAUCUGGCGGCGAGACGUGAAGAAUGUCCAGAAGAGGACAUAAGUGGUGAGCCCUCCGAACAGACCGUUGGUCAGUAUCUGGCGGCGAGACGUGAAAAGGCAAAGCCGUACAAAGAGGUGAGACCUAUGAUACCGGCGGCGGAACCGCUCAACGCAGACAUGGAUGUGCGGCAGUACUCUAUGAUGUUAUGGUUGGUGGCCAUCGCUAAGGGAGAGAAGGCCACCACUCCCUCCUGA